AUGAAGUCCGGCUCCUUCCUGAGCACGGGGUGGUUCACCAUGAUCCUGGCCAUGGAGCUGUGCGAGCAGAUCUGCGUCUUCGGCAUGGUCAGCGACAGCUACUGCAGGGAGAAGAACCACUCGAGCGUGCCCUACCACUACUUCGAGAAGGGCCAGCUGGACGAGUGCAGGAUGUACCUGGUGCACGAGCGAGCCCAUCACGCCGGGCACCGCUUCAUCACCGAGAAAACCAUCUUCUCCCGCUGGGCCAAGAGGAAGAACAUCAUCUUCACCCACCCAUCAUGGGCAGGCCGCCAGCCGCAGG